AUGUCACCGACAAAGCGCGAACGCACGGCUUCUACCUCUCCCUCCUCUGACGGCCAUAUUGACAAGCGGCCUCGGGUCGAAGACGAAGAUGCCUCUACAGCAAAACCGUCUUCCAAUACGCUCAUAGACCAGCGCCCUCCUCUUGUACCAGAAAGCGAGACCUCCGAAACGGACAGCGAGACAGCCCUGACAGAAGACUAUGAGUCAGAUAACCACGAUAAGAUUGAAUAUGACAGAGAUUAUGGAGAAAUCAAUGAUGAGCAUAUGGGUGUUGUCAGUUGGGGAUGGGCUGAUACGCAUUUUCUUCACGAGCUAAACCCUACCUCGCAAAUCAGCAAUGAACAAGAGGCGGAUACUUCCUACUCCGAUACUCGCAUUUCUCUCUGGCAACAGGAGGAUCGAUGUUACAAUCCAACCAACAAGCUUAGAUAG